AUGGCAAAUUUACCACUUCUUCUGAGUUUGGCCGAUGAUCUGAACCGCCUCUCUUUGGCCUCGCCUUUCUAUGAUGCACCGUUUUCUUAUCUCAGACGCUUGUACACCCCCAGUCUAGUUGGUGGUGAUCCACCACGAAUCGGCGAUGAGUUAGCUGGCCCGGUUUCAACCAUUGGCAAAGAUGGCUUCCAGGUCUGCAUUGAUGUCCAGCAAUUCAAACCGAACGAACUCAAUGUCAAGGUCACGGACAAUUGUAUUGUUGUCGAGGGCAAACACGAAGAACGUGAAGAUGACCGUGGUUAUAUAUCGCGCAGUUUUGUUCGACGUUACGCCCUGCCCAAAGGCUACGAUCCCAACCAGGUGGUAUCCACUUUGUCAUCUGAUGGCGUUCUAACGGUCUCUGUGCCAAAACCCCAAAUCGAAAAUAAAACAGACGAACGAAUUGUGCAAAUACAACAAGUUGGGCCAGCUCAUCUGAAUGUGAAGUUGAAUCCCAAAGAAUCCCAGGAAAAUGAAAAGAAACCGGAAGCUCAAUCGAAAUUGUAA